AUUCACGUUUCACAACGGUUUCAGCUGAUUCAGCGAAGAGAGAAAAGAUCUGUCGCAGUAAAUCAGCGUAUGACUCCUGUUUGAAUCACGCGCAGUACAAUUUCUUAUCCAGUCUUUCUCUGGCAAGUAAUCCAUAAUGGCGGACGACGUGAGAGUGUUUUUAUUAACUCUCUAGGGAUAAACCAGAACUGUUGCUGUUAUUCAAAAGAGCGUUUACAUUCAGUUUCUCAGUUAAAGCUCUUUGCUCAUUGCUCCAUAAUGGCAGAGAAGAAUUCGAAAGGGAAGAAGCGGAAAUGGGAACCAGUAGAAUUGGACGAUCCUUCGUUCUUUGCGGGCGAAAUGGAUGGAUUUGUGUCCCUUGAAGUCAUGGAAGAUUAUGAUCUAAAAGAACUAACAGGAAUUGGUACAAGUGGACCAGCUCGGAAGAAGAAAAUAAAAGAGCGGCCGCCGCAGAAGACCAAACAUCAGCUUGGUACACAUUUGAAAGAACAUCAAAAAGCAGCUUUCUUUUGCAAAAAAGAAAAUUCAGCUUUAUUGGAGCAGGAUAAUCAGGAACAAACAGAUACCACACCACUCACACAACUUGAAAAAAGCACAAAGAAUGACCAACAGACAAAAGGAAAAAAGAAGAGGAAAAAGAAAAACAAGGCCCAAAGUAAAGCCCAGUCAGAAGAGCAAAACAGAGUAGAAAUGGUCACUGACAAUAGACUGGAGGAAGAUCCUCCAGAGCCCACGGCAGAUGUGAGUGCUUGGGAAGUCCUUGGUGUUCCCAAAGAAGUUCAGAGAGGACUCAGUGAACAAAGUUUUAUUACACCAACCCCUAUACAGACUCUUUCCCUUCCACCUGCAAUAUUCCACCACAGGGACAUCAUUGGUGCAGCAGAAACAGGUUCAGGUAAAACACUAGCCUUUGGGAUUCCAAUUCUCACCCACAUCCUUGGCCAGAAGACCAGUCAAGAAGCAGGAGAAACUACAGAAAAUGCUACCAAAAAUAAUGCUACAGAAGCCACAGAAACUGGUACUGGAACAUCCAAGCUCAAGAAACCACUCCUGGCGUUGAUAAUGACACCAACCAGAGAAUUGGCUAUACAAAUAAAAAAUCAUCUCAAACAGGCUGCAAAACAUACAUCUUUAGAGAUUGUUGCUGUGGUUGGAGGAAUGGCACCUCAAAAACAACAGAGACUUUUAAACAAGUGUCCUGAGAUAAUAGUAGCCACCCCGGGAAGACUGUGGGAUUUGAUUUCCGAUGGGGAAGAGCAUGUCUGCCGUUUGGAGCACUUGAGAUAUCUUGUAAUUGACGAGGCAGACAGAAUGGUGGAGCAAGGCCACUUUCAAGAAUUGUCUUCAAUAUUGGAGCUCAUUCAUAGAAAGAGUGAUAAUGAUGAAGAUGAAGGAACUGCAAAGCGAAGACAUCUACAGAAGUUUAUUUUCUCUGCAACUUUAACUCUUCCAAAGUCGUUUAAGAGGAAAGGAAAAGAAAAGAAGAUCACAAGUGAAGAAGGCUUAGUGUCGCUGAUGGACAAAGUUGGGCUGCAGAAGAACAGUUGUAAAAUUAUCGAUGUCACUAACAAGAGAGGAACCGUAGAAACCCUGACGGAAGCAAAGAUCUCAUGUGCAAUUGAAGAGAAGGACCUAUAUCUCUACUAUUUCCUUUCCCGGUACCCAGGCCGUACUUUGGUUUUCUCCAACACCGUGGACUGUGUGAGGAGACUGGGCUCUUUGUUUAGGCUACUGGACUUUGACCCGUGGGUUCUUCACGCCAGCAUGCAACAAAGGCAAAGAUUAAAGAAUUUAGACAGAUUUAAGCAAAGUGCGAGUGGCUUACUUCUGGCUACAGAUGUUGCCGCGAGAGGUUUGGACAUACCAGCUGUUGAGCAUGUAAUUCACUAUCAAGUCCCGAAGGACCCUGAUCUUUACAUUCACCGCAGUGGACGGACAGCUAGAGCGAGCAGGGAAGGUCUGAGUGUCGUUCUUGUUGGCCCAGAAGAAAUGGGAUCAUACAAGAAAAUUAUGAAGACGCUUAAUGGAGGAAACGAGCUAGACUCCUUUCCAGUUGAUGUGUCUUUUAUGUCCUCCAUUAGGAAAAGAAUUUCUCUCGCCAAGCAAAUUGACAAAGAAGAACACAAAUUUAGGCGCAAAAAGUCAAGUAAUGACUGGAUACUUGCCUCUGCCAAAGCCAUGGACAUUGAAGUUGACGAAGAUUUACUGGAAGAUCUCGGAGAUCAGGGAGAAAGGAAAGAGCGACAAGUAAAGCUGAAGCAAUUGAAAGCGGAACUUACUGGUUUGCUGAAGACACCUCUGAUUCCUGCUGGUUUUAGUGGAAAGUACCCGACUAAAACUGGAUCCCUUAUGAUGCCAGGGAUCAAAGCCGACACGAAUUUGGAAGAUAAUGAAAAAGUGGCUGUUGAAGAUGUAAGAAGAAAGAAAAGAAACAAGAAAAGCAAAACGUAACUUGCAUUCUUCAAACGAGGUCGACAACUGAUCGUGAAAGAAGAAGGGAGAUUAAAAACACGAAAUGGAGAAAGAUUCUUACUUGUAACAACUGGACUGGAAGAGAAAGAGUUGAUUUGAGCAAGGUUGACUAGUCAGUGGUAGAAUAAACUAAAAUCUCGUCUUAAAGUCUUUGACCCCGAUGCUAUAUGGAUACAAUGUAACUUGAAGCAAUGGCGUUCAUAUAUCUUCGGGACACCACCCUUCAGACUCGCGGUAUAAUACGACUGGACAAAGCAACUAGUCACAGUCUGACAACACAUGUCCACUUUGCGCAUUUUCUUGAUUUGUGAUUUGAAUUGAUUUACAGAUGUUUUGUUCUUUACUCAGUGGCCCGAAUUUAAAAGUUAGGAUUGUUUCAGUCACAUAUUGCCGUUGGUCAUAUGAAGAUUUCAAGAAUGGGUCGGAAAGGAACUGAAAACGCUGUUUUAAAGGGAAAUUAUUUUUCACAUGCUUGACAAAUGUUGUCCACAAACCUUUCGCUAGUUCAUAUAUAUAAAAAAAUUUUAAAAAAAUAUGUAGAUGUGUAGUAAGCAGGAGAUUCAGUAAAAGCCGGUCUACCGCCGUUUGUUGA